CUUGCUAAAUAUUUAUUGUCUAUGUCAAUGAAAAAAAUUAAAGUGCGGGAAAGUUAUUUUGUAAAACGUCUCAAUUGUACUUUUCGAAUUUUAUUUGUGUGUCUGAAGUAAUAAUUUAAUAUUUUCUUGCUUUAUUUUUUGACAAUAAAUAUCAAAAUGGAUAUCACGUGGACAAAUACUCGCGAGAGUUUAAAAAAGUUUGCGAGUGCAUUAAUGUGUGGAAAAUGUAGAAACAAACCGAUAAAUCCAGUUAGAUAUACCAAUUGUGGACAUUUUUUUUGUUCAAACUGUGUAGAUGAUUCAAAAUGUUAUCAAUGUGACGUACCAGUUAGACCAAAUGAAAUACGUACUGAUCAUACAAUAUUAAAUCUUAUACGUGACUGUGAUGCUAUUGCGAAUAUAAUAAAAGAAGACAAUUUAUGGGACAUACAUAUUGAAAUAAGAAAUAUUCCGCAAAGAAAUAAAUUACCGACUAAUUCACAAAAUACUAUUAUUAAUUACUUACCAAGAAACACUAUUAAGAAUAUAAAUAAACGUAAUCCAAAGGGUGAAACCCCUUUACAUACAGCUUGCAUAAAGGGACAGAAAGAAACAGUGGAAUCUCUUCUUAAAGCUGGUGCAAAUCCAAAUACAAAAGAUAAUGCUAACUGGUCACCAUUGCAAGAAUCUAUAAAUUUAGGUCAUUAUGAAAUAUGUGAAUUACUAUUAAAGGCUGGUGCAUUUUCUAAUAUACCAGGUAUAGAAAAUAGGACACCUUUACACGAAGCUGUUAUAAAUAAUAGAGUAAAAGAAGCAAAACUAUUACUUGAAUAUCAUGCUAAUAGAGAUGUUUACGAUCAGUAUGGUAAAAAACCUAUAGAUUAUUGUUGCUCUAAAGAAAUGCAGGAAGUUCUAUCAGAUAUGGAUUUAUUUUCUAAUAAUGUAGACAGCGAACAUGAUUUAAAUUGUACUCUCAAUCAAUCAUUAUAUAAUAGUAAUUUGAUUGUAUAUUUAUCGAAUUUGAAUGAAAGAAGCCAAAAAUUAUUUGAAAGAGCAAUUUCAAAACAUAAGAUAAAAUUUGUGCCUACCUAUAAAUCAUGCGUAACUCAUGUAAUAGUCGAAGCAAAUAAUCAAAAUAUUACCAAUCUUACCUAUGAUGUUAUGCUUGCUUUACUUCAUGGCAAAUGGUUACUGACCAGCGAAUGGAUUUCUAUGAGCUUAGAAUUGGAGGAUAUACAUCAGAUGGAAUUAGAAUUAUUUGAAGUCAGUGGUUGUCCUAUUUUGGGAGUACCCAAGCGAGCUAGGGAAAACGAAGAACAUCAAAAUCCACGAUUGUUCAAUCGAUGUUACUUUUUUCUUGCUUUACAAGCUAAGGUUGUUUAUCGUAUCGGCGAUGUUAAUUUAACGAAGGAAGAAUUGACGAAGUUAAUAAAUGCAGGUGAUGGAACCGUCCUUAACAGAGAACCGAAUCCAGAAGAUAUAAAAGACAAGGAGCAAUAUAUUCCAUUUCAUACCGCUCGUAAUCCUCAUCAUCCUUUGUACAAGUGUACACACUAUAUUAUAUAUGCUCCUGGGAAGGAUGAACCACGUAUAAAAUAUAACAUGUGUCACAUAAGAAGUCUACCUCUGAUAUGGUUAAUUGAAUGUAUAGAGAAGUUUACUUUACUUAAUCCAUCUCAUUUAGGUUUGUAAUAUAACAGUUAUUUUUUAUAUAUUUUAUUAAAAAUCAUAAUUUAAUUAAUACGUACA